AUGCCUCUAUCAAUAUGCCAAAAGCUGGAAGUCGGAGAACUAAAACCCAUAACAAUUUCAUUGCAAUUGGCUGACUGGUCUGUGAAAUACCCUGUGGGCAUUCUAGAAAAGAUCCCUAUCAAGAUAGAAGAGGAUGUUCAAAUCCCUAUCAUCCUGGGAAGACCCUUCUUAGCAACCGUCAGAGCAAUCAUAGAUGUCAAAAAUGGGCAGCUGACUCUCAAGGUAGGAGAUAAAGAAGUGGAAUUCAACUUGUUCGACACGAUGAAACACAAAUUCGAACCUGAUGAAUGCCUUAGGGUUGACAUAGUUGACAAGCAAGUUGAGGAGGAAUUUCAUAAAGCCCAUCCUGAAGAUCCUCUUGAAGCAUGCAUUGUGCACAGCCACACAGCAAAUAAUGAGAACACAGAAAUGGUAGCCUAUGCAUAA